UAGAGCACGUACAGCAUAGCAGUUUAAAACCUCACGCAAUUUACAAUCAGCCCUUCGUGCAAAGCUUUCGUUUGCUACGAAGCUUAAUAAUUAGAGGAUGCAAAUGGAGGUCGUUCACCUCGGCGUAGCUCUCGUCUCCGCCGGCUUAUGUAUCGUGCUUCUUUCCAGCUGCAGCCGACGGCGCAGAGCGAACGAGCCGCCGGGGCCGUGGCAGCUGCCGGUGAUCGGUAGCCUGCACCACCUCGUCGGGCAGCUCCCCCACCGCGCGAUGCGUGACCUGGCCCGGCGCCACGGGCCGGUGAUGCUCCUCCGGCUCGGCGAGGUUCCCACGCUGGUGGUGUCGUCCCGGGAGGGUGCUCGCGAGGUGAUGAAGACCCAUGACUUAGCGUUCGCGACGCGGCCCCUGAGCGCCACCAUGCGCGUGCUCACCAACGGCGGCCGGGACAUUGUGUACGCUCCGUACGGCGACUACUGGCGACAGCUCAGGAAGAUCGCCGUCUCGGAGCUCGUAUCGGCGAGCCGCGUGCUGUCCUUCCGCGCCAUCCGUGAGGAAGAGGUCGCGGCCAUGCUCCACGAUGUUGCCGAGGCCGCGGCAGCCGGGCGCCCCGUGGAACUGCACACGCGCCUCUCGGCGCUCGUCACCGACAUCAGGGUCCGCGUCGUCAUGGGCGACAAUCGGUUUAAGGAGGGCGACGCAUUCCUCCGCACACUCGACCGCUCAUGGAAGAUCGCGGCCGGUUUCAACCCGCCGGACCUGUGGCCGUCGUCCCGGCUUGUGAACUAUCUUAGCGGGGCCGUGGGCCGCGCCAAGGAGUGCCACGAUACCGGGAACGGCAUCGUCGACGCCAUCAUCCAGGAGAGACUUGAGAGGAUGGUGCAAGGUCAGAUUCAGAACGAGCACCCUGGCUUACUCGACGUUCUGCUAAGCAUGCAGAAGGAGGGAAGGCUCGACAUGGACGCCGUUAAAUAUGUCAUCUUCGACUUAUUAACUGUCGGCAGUGAGGCCACGAUCCUUGAGUGGGCGAUCGCAGAGUUGAUCAAGAACCCAGAGGUGAUGCAAAAGGCGACCGUCGAGGUCCGACGUGCCUUCGAGGCCUGCGCCACAGUAGCGGAACAUGCUCUGGGCGAGCUUUCGUACAUGCACCUAGUCAUUCGGGAGACGCUACGGCUGCACACGCCCACACCGCUGCUCGUCCCAAGGGAGUGCCGAGAGCCAUGCCAGGUGCUUGGGUAUGAUGUGCCACAGGGCACGCAGGUGCUGGUCAAUGCCUGGGCGUUGGCCCGUGACAAGCAGUAUUGGCCGGACGCGCCGGACGAGUUUCACCCUGAGCGAUUUGAGGGUGAGGCGACCGCGGUGGACUUCAGAGGCACCGACUUCUCCUUCCUGCCGUUUGGCGCCGGCCGUAGGAUGUGCCCUGGGAUAGCAUUUAGCCUCGCCGACAUCGAGCUUGCGCUCGCAAGCCUGCUAUUUCACUUUGACUGGGAGGGUCCACCUCCGGAUGAGCUCGACAUGACCGAAGAGUUUGGCAUCACGGUGCGCCGAAAGGCCGGCCUCCUGCUGCGCCCUGUCCUCCGGGUGCCCCUUCCAGGAGUGAGCAAUGGAGAUGCUUAGCACGAUCACGGUUCAACAUGCAUGGUUAGAAUGCAUUGCACCUGCAUGAGGUUGAAUGAAAAAUAUCAUUAGAAGAAAACUACCCAUGCAUCAUAUUAAUAAAUAAAAAUUCCACGCAUACAUCUCUUGGUGUCUUAGUUUUAA